CCCCCACCCCCACGCGAGCCAUGCGUCCGGCCGGCGGCGGCAGCAGCCUCCCGGCCCAGCCUGGGCCGGGCACGCCGGGCCGCCCGCGCCGCCGCCCGGAUCUCACCCUCCCGAUGCCGCAGCGCCCGGACGUCUCCUCCUCCCUCGCCGUCCCGCUCCCGCUCCCUCCCCCGACCGCCGCUCCCCCCGGCGCCGGCCCCGCCCAGCCGCUCGUGGCCCCGCCCGCGCCCCCGCCCCCGCUCCACGAGCUGGAGCGCGUGCGCCGCGUGGGCAGCGGCGCGGGCGGCACCGUGUGGAUGGUGCGGCACCGCGCCACGGGCCGGUGCUACGCGCUCAAGGUGCUCUACGGGAACCACGACGACACGGUGCGGCGGCAGAUCGCGCGGGAGAUCGCCAUCCUGCGCACCGCCGAGCACCCUGCCGUCGUCCGCUGCCACGGCAUGUAUGAGCGCGGCGGCGAGCUGCAGAUCCUGCUCGAGUACAUGGACGGCGGCUCCCUCGACGGCCGCCGCAUCGCCGACGAGCCCUUCCUCGCCCACGUGGCCCGGCAGGUGCUCUCGGGCAUCGCGUACCUCCACCGGCGCCACAUCGUGCACCGCGACAUCAAGCCCUCCAACCUGCUCAUCGACUCGUCGCGCCGCGUCAAGAUCGCCGACUUCGGGGUGGGGCGGAUCCUGAACCAGACCAUGGACCCCUGCAACUCCUCCGUCGGCACCAUCGCCUACAUGAGCCCCGAGCGCAUCAACACCGACAUCAACGACGGCGCCUACGACGGCUACGCCGGCGACAUCUGGAGCUUCGGCCUCAGCAUCCUCGAGUUCUACCUCGGCAGGUUCCCCUUCGGCGAGAACCUCGGCCGGCAGGGCGACUGGGCCGCGCUCAUGGUCGCCAUCUGCUACUCGGACCCGCCCGAGCCGUCGCCCGCCACCGCCUCGCCCGAGUUCCGGGGAUUCAUCGCCUGCUGCCUGCAGAAGAACCCGGCCAACCGCCUCUCCGCCGCGCAGCUGCUGCAGCACCCCUUCGUCGCCUUGCCGCAGCCGCAGCCGCUCGCCGCCCCGCCGUCAUCAUGACCGCCGCGACCUCCCAACACGGAUCUCGAUCCACUUCUUGCACCACCGCGCUUCCAAAUCCAGCAUCAGGUGGAGGAACUGAGCUGCCGGGGGAAUCCUGGAAGGUUCUCCCUGACCAUUUCGGGUAUUCUUCUCGUCCACCAUCGUCUCAUCAAAUCAUCCAUCCAUUGUUGUCGCUGCUGCUGCUGCUGCUCCAGUUAAGGUUCCCUUUUACUCUCCCGUUCCUGUGAUGUUCGUUGCUACUUCCUGUUACGGCCUUGUAAUAGCAAAAGCUGUGUGCACAAAAAGGAUUUUGUACCGCAAGAUUGGUCGAAUAUAGACACGAUAUCCAUUCUGCCAUUGCCUCCCGCUGCUGCAAACGAAAUCCCGUUAAGAAAUUUCAUCUGUACAUGUAGCACAGAAGCAGUGCCAUCAUAUGAUGAUAUGCUCCCCAUCUUGCCAGGGACAUGUUCCAUUUAUUUUAUCUGUGUUUGCUUAUUAUACUACUUGCAAGUCGCCGUGGCUCGAUGGAAUUAUUGGAUUGGAUUCUAUAAUCUACAUAUGCUGGUUGGAUAGAGGGGAAUCUUGAAAUAGGAAUCGGACCAACUUUGUUUUGUUUCUUUCUUUCAGUGUUGUAAAGUGAUGAGGGAAAGGUGUUCCUGAA